AUGCAGAUGCAGCUAUUGAUCCGCCACGAUCCGUCCCUAGAGCCGCAGAAAUGGCGGUACAGACCAUUCGGAGAGAUACCGGGCGAGCUGUGCAUACUGUCCGUCAUGUUUUCCGUGCAGGCGACGCGGCUAUGCCUAGCGCUCCGCGAGGUGGCAGGGCUGCCGCCACUGGACGUGAAGCGAAUCGACGGCGUGCUUAGAGCGGCUGGGAGAUAUGCGCUUAUGGUACACAGCUCCAGCUCCAUGACCGCAACCGUGAUCGCCGACAUCGAGGCGCGUGGGUUGUCGAAGCCAUGGGACCGGCUUGCUAUCGUAGCCAACUGCUGUCAAUACCCAGUGCGGUUGGACGGCGGAGCACUCAGCCGUCGAGGUCGGAGCCCAAGUUUGUCAGUGCUGGCCGUGUGUCUACUCAACGGCGAGAUCCUAGAUAACGGAAACAAUGACAUGGCAUCGGCAGCCGGGCUGACGAUGUCGGAAUUUCUCGGCAGAUUCAUGCUUCGGCGAUUCAAAGCGCCCGAAGACGAAGCGCGGCAAUUGACAUUUAACAAAGGAGUUGGCAGCGGGCGGGAUUGUAACAAGGGGCCACCUGUGGAAACUGGCCCCGUCAUCGAUACCGCAAGGUGGAGGCGGAAGUAA